GGCGGGGCCUCCUUGGCUCUCAGCACUCUGGGAAGGAGAACAUGGCGGCUCCCUGUAGGUGGUAGUGACCUGUUCUAGCAGCAGAGAUGUGGGCUGUGAUGCAGUUGCUGGGGGUCGGUCGCUCUGCGUGCCCGCUGGUCUCCCAAGCCUCCCGCUCUUUUUCUCUUGGAUGCAGAAAUCUGGCGCGGAACUUUGUACCGCAGCCCAAAAACAAUGACCGCUGGAUCGAGAAGAGGGCCCUGUUUGGAGUAUAUGAUAACAUUGGCAUAUUAGGCGACUUCAAAGCCCACCCCAAGCAUCUGAUCAUAGGACCGUCGUGGCUGCGGGGCUGGAAGGGAAACGAGUUGCAGAGGUGCAUUAGGAAGAAGAUGAUGGUCGGAAGCAGAAUGUUCUAUGAAGAUAGACACAACUUAGAUAAAAGGAUCAGAUACUUGUACAAGAGGUUCAACCGCUACGGAAAGCACCGCUAAGUGUUG